AUGGUCAAAAUCGCUGUUGUCUUGUGGCAUGCGGACGAGGCGGGUGUCAAGCAGGCUGAUUUGCCUGACAUCUGGACGGACGUGACCGCCCGAAUGAUUGGCAAUCAUCUGGAGAAGCUUGAAAUGCCAAUCUGGGACCUCGAGAUUCAGAAGUCCUAUCGCAGUUGGGUCAAAAUGCGGGAGCGGUUGUUGGAGGCAAGAAUGGCAGCGGCCAAGGCCAAAACUGAUGCCAUGAAAGCUGAUGGUUCGAAGAAGGAGUUGAGCAAGAAGUUCAAAGAGAUACAAACCGGCCACGAAAAGCUUGUUGCAGUCAAGGAACGUUCGGGGGAAACGGACAACAAGUUUACCAAAUUGGGGGCCUCUUUUGUUGAUGCCAUCAAAGCUCAAGACAUGGAGAAGGCUGCUCGCCUUGCAGCCGAGUGGCGGAAAACCAGUAAGGGAAAGAGCAAAGCCAAUGCUGAGGAGUUGGUCGACGAAGGCGAGAAGGAUGAUGAUGAAGAGAGAUCUGAAGAGGACGAAGACGAGGAGAUGGGUGACGACGGCGACGACCCCGACGACAGCGAUCACGUCGAGGAAGGUUCCAACAUUCGCUGUGGCAGACCGGGCCCAUCCAUGAGUUUGCGGAUCGAGAGGCGCAAGUUGGCCCUCGAUGAAACGCUCGCUCCAACCACAUAA